AUGAACCCAAAACACAAGUCACGAGAGAUUGAACCCAGCUACACCAGUCCCACGAGAGAAGUGAACCCAGCUUACAUCAGUCCCACGAGUGAACCCAGCUAUAUCAGACCCACGAGAGUGAACCCAGCUACAUCAGACCCACGAGAGAGUGAACCCAGCUAUAUCAGACCCACGAGAAGUGAACCCAGCUACAUCAGACCCACGAGAGUAAACCCAGCUAUAUCAGACCCACGAGAGAGUGAACCCAGCUACAUCAGACCCACGAGAGUGAACCCAGCUACAUCAGACCCACGAGAGAGUGAACCCAACUAUAUCAGACCCACGAGAGUGAACCCAGCUACAUCAGACCCACGAGAGAGUGAACCCAGCUAUAUCAGACCCACGAGAGUAAACCCAGCUAUGUCACACCCACGAGAGUGA